CUUCACGCCAAGAUGCCUCGUCAUCAACAACACCACAUCGUCCCAUGGACCGAUUCCGAGUCCGACUACUCAGAGUCCGACUAUUCCAUGGAAAACGGCCGCCGCCGAACGUCCUUUAGGAGGCGUUCCUUCUCCCGUCAUCGCAUCAGCCCCGAUCACGGCAGCACCACUUACCUGAGUCCCGUCGUGCAGGACGUGCAUCUGCACCGCUCUGCUUCCACAGGCGCCCGGCGACGACGGUCUCACGAGCGCCCCCCGCCACCCCCGGCCGUCAUCGUCGAUAUCAAAAACGAGUCGCGGAAUCAGGGCUCCAACAGAAGUGCCAACAAGGCCCGUAAGGACCAGCACCAGGAGACUUACAUUGAUCCCUACGAGUCAGAAGACGAGACCCUCCUACGUGCUCAUCAUCGACGUCCUCGUGCCAGCACUGCCAGUACCCCACGAGAGGCGUCGCCGCGGCAACAUGAGCGGGAUUAUGAGCUGGUGAUCGAUCAGCGGCUGCUGGAAAAGAACGACCAUCGACAAGAUCUGGAACUGCUGAGACAGCAGCAGGAAAUAGAGCGCUUAGAACGGGAAUUGGCUCGCAAUCGUCUUGAAGCCCGUGACGCUCGUGAUUCUCAUGAUGUUCGUAUCCUCAAGCAGGAGGAAGAUUGGUACGAGGAUGAGAUUAGCGAGCGACUGAGGAGGCUUGAGAGGUAUGAGAAGAGCCAGCGCAUGGAGGAGGAACAGCGACAAGCGGAACGCCGCUGGAAGCUGCAUCAAUUUGAAGAAGCCCAGCGCCAUGCUAGGGAGGAAGACGGCGUCAAAUCAAGACUGCGCGAAGAGAAGCUCAAGGAGCUCCGACACAAAAUCGAAGAAGAGGAGGAGCAGCGCAAAGCAGAACAUCGUUACAAGCUGCGUCAGUUUGAGGACGCCCAACGCAAAGCUAGGGAGGACGAAGAUGUCAAAUCAAAGCUGCGGGAGGAGAAGCUCAAGGAUCUUCAACGCAGGAUCGACGCGGAGGAGGCGCAGGAACGACUUAAAGAGCAGAUCCGUCAAGAAAAGCUCAAGGAACUCCAGCGCAAGAUUGACGAAGAGGAAGAGCGCGAGCGGAUCAAAAAAGAGAUCCGAGAUGAGGAGGCGAGAGCCCUGCUUGUAAAACAGGAGAAAGAACGUAAAGAAGCUGCGAUGAAGGCAGCGGCCAUCGAGGAAUGGAAAUUGAAUGAGGAGCGGCGGAUCAAUGCCGAAAGAGAAGCGAAGCGGAGACGUGACGAAGAAUUUAGGACACGACUGAGGAUCGAAUUCGGUUACACAGAGGAAGAAAUCGAAGAGAUAAUCACCAAAAAGAAAAAGAAGGAGGAGGGGAAGAAAGAAGAAGGUAAGGGGGAAGAGAAAGAGAAGAAAAAGGAGAAGGAGAAGGAGAAGGAGAAGGAAAAGGAGAAGGAGAAGGAGAAGAAAAAGAAGGGAAAGGAGAAGAAGGACGACGACGACGAAAGUGAAAAGGAAGAGAAGGAAGAACACCGCCGGGCGACUUGGAUCAAGGUCCACCGCAGACAUCUUCUGCCUGAUACUCUGAUGGCCUAUCACUUACCCUGGGACUGGGAUGACCGCGAUAGCAACUAUAUUAUUAUCAAACAAUGGAUCUCGGAAGACUUCCAGGAAGAGCUCUUUGACCACACGCGCCGACUUCGCGAAGGCAAGCUCAUUACCCAGACCUCCAACACACUGACAGAGUUGAAGGUCAAUGACAGGAAGAAGGACAAGAUGUACCUUGUGCGGAAGAAGAGCCCCAGUCGGCGGGCAUGGAUUUUUACUUGA